UAUCAAGCGUUUGAUUCAUUUAGUCUCCAACCACAACAAAAACAAACGUUGAAAGCAAUGGAACAUGGAGAAGGCAUCGCCGCGAACGACUCGGUGGACUUCCAAAUUGCUGAGGUUAAACCUGUGAGAUUGUCUCUACAUCUCAUCCAGAAAAGACACAUCAACAGUGCCCAGCAGAAAAGCCAGGAAGAGAUAGUACAAGCUCUCAACAAAAUCACUCACCUCCGGCUGGAUAGAGAAAACAUUGGACAGAUAGACAAUCUGGAAUUGCUCGGAGACAAAGUCACCAAUGUGUAUUUACAGAAGAACAAGAUUCAGGUUAUAGAGAAUCUUGAAUGUCUGAAGAAUCUGACAUUUCUCACGCUGGCUGAUAAUCAGAUAAGACAAGUAGAGGGACUGUCCCACCUCAACAAACUGCUGUUCCUCGACCUGUCACACAACCACAUCCAUGACUUCCAGAUCGAUGAGUUUCCAGAGUCUGUGAUGAUCCUUAAUUUAAAGGAAAACCCUUGCACCAGCCUACCAGAUUACAGAGGACGCCUCAUACAGGACCUGGAGCAUUUGAAGAUACUUGACGAGGAGGAAGUGACAAAUGCUGAGAAGCGUGAAGCAGGUUUUGUGGUAUCUAGUGAUGAGGAGGAGGAAGUGGAGGAGGAGGAGGUUGUACCGGUCUUCACAGAUGGAGAUAGUAUUGGCACAUGUACAUCACGGAUCCUAAUGCAUUCUAAAGCUCGUACUGAUGAGGAUUUAAAGAAACACAUGGAACACACCACAGAAUUGGACGAUUACAGGGAAAAAUUUGAACUUCCUAUGUCUUCAAGGUCACAGACUCCUAGUGUCAGGAACUGAUAUAUAACACCAGUCAAACCAAUAGCAGGUCAGGUGUAGAAAAUAUCAAGUGGUCAACCCGACAAACAAAACUGGCAGGUCAACAUUUGGUGUAGAAUCUGUUUAGAGGUCCAACAAUGUGUUAUGCGGUGUUACGGAGAAAAUGUCUAGAGGUCAAAUAACAAAUGGCAGGGAAAUGUAUUAAAUGACCUUUUAAAGUCUUACGAUGAAGAAAAGAUAAUAUCUACAUCAAAACAAAAAUAUAGAAAUUGCGAUAUUUAUAAUGACCUAUGUUUAUAUGCUGUAAGCAUGCUUACAUUUUAGUUAAUAUUUAGCACUCUUUGUGCUGAUUCAAAUUAUAAAAUAUGAUAACUGCUAAAUAUAGAAUCUCUAUAUUUCUGUAUGUGCAAAUGCAAGUACUUUACCGUGAUGAAUAUUUACUAAAUUCAGAGAUAUCUUGACUUGGAGACAAAAUGAGACAAGAACACGGAAAGUUUAAAUCUAAUAUGAAACUGUCAAAACUUAAGAAAAGGUGCUUCAUUGUCUGUAUCUGAUCAGAUAUCACAAAAAGUUUAGUUAAGAUAAUUAAGACAGUUGACAAGGAUCACAGAUCGCCAAGAUCAUAGUUGGUCAAGAUCAUAGUUGGUCAAGAUCACAGGUGACCAUGGCCUGAGUGUGUUUAUAGAGAAUGAUGUGUUAAAGAUAAAACAAAGAUGUAUUGAUGUUAAUCAGAAUGUAAGUUAUCUUCUGUGUAAUACAGAGUAAAAGAUACAUGUCAGAGUUAUAAUUAACUGUCGGUAUAUAUAGAACACAUAUCAGUUAUAUAUAUAGACGAUGCACAUUAUUUACAUGUAGACAUUACAAACAUUCCACCUUGAUUGACAGGUUAGAAGUCAUACCAUAAAAAACCAUAUGUGUCGAGCAAAGCGUUAUACAUGUGAAAGUGACAUGUGGAUGCUCGGAUGUUUCAUUGGUAAUACAGGGCACAGAUUUUAUAUAUUUACUUGUACAAACUACAAAUAUUCCCCAUCUUUAUCAGUAUAUGGUCGUAAUUCCAUCCGUCAUACAUAACAUAUUAUUUAUAUAUUUACUUGUAUACACUAAAAAUAUUCCCACCUUUAUCAAUAUAUGGUCGUAAAUCCAUAUGUCAUACAUAACAUAUUAUUUAUAUAUUUACUUGUACACACUACAAAUAUUCCCACCUUUAUCAACAUGGUAGUAAUUCCAUGUGUUAUGCAGAACACAUUAUUUAAAUAACACUUACUAUUUUACCCUGCAGAAUCCCCCCAUCCCCCGUUCAUCAACGUGGUAGUUAUUGAUAGGUGUUGUACAGAUCACAUUAUAUGCAUGUCACAAUUUUCAUAUAUAUUUCACAAGACAAAACAUCAGUGCAAAGCUUGUGUAAAAAUAUUGGUAUAUUCUGCCAGACGGGUAAAAUGGGAAACCAUUAAAUGUUCCGUAUAUGGGAUUUAAUGGAAACCAUUAAAUGUUCUGUAUAUAUGGGAUUUAAUGGGAAACCAGUAAAUGUUCUGUAUAUGGGAUUUAAUGGGAAACCAGUAAAUGUUCUGUAUAUAUGAGAUUUAAUGGAAACCAGUAAAUGUUCUGUAUAUAUAGGAUUUAAUGGGAAACCAUUUUAGUAGCACAAGGCAAAGGUUACUAUACUAUAUUUACCUGUAGACACUACAGACAUUCCCACCUUAAUAAACAUUUCAGUUAUUUUGUAUGCCAUACGGAACAUGUUAUACAUAUCAGACUUGUCCAUACUUCUUUAGUGAUAUUUUGUGUAGACAUUAUUUUUAAAUACUGAGAAGUUUUGUAACAAAUGUGAUUAGUUUUUACUACAAUGAAUUAUACAUGUUUAAGAUGUUACUUUUUAUUGUUAAAGUCUUUGAAUCUUCCAAAGACGUACAACAAAAUAUUUGACAAAUAAA